AUGGGCUGCUUUCUCAGUCUCAAGUUCAGAAACAAAAGACACAGCAAGAAAGUUGAUGCUGAUGCUGCUGCUUCAAAUGGCACUACUGAUCUUGAUCUUGAAAAGGAAAAGGAUUUUGAAGGUAAUGAUGGUUGUGUGAGGAAAUACAACUGGAGUGAGAUACAGAAGCUGUCAAUGAAUUUCUCUCAGAUUGUUGGAUCAGGAGGAUUUAGCACAGUAUAUUUGGGCCACUUGACUGGUUCCGAUCUUGGGGCUAUCAAGAUUCACUGCCCAACUGACUAUCUUAAUAAAGUUUUCAAGCAAGAACUAGACAUACUACUUCAACUUCAACAUGACAACAUUGUCAAGCUUCUAGGAUACUGUGACAAUCAAGAUGAAGGUGCUUUGGUAUUUGAGUAUGUUUCCAAUGGAACCUUGCAAGAUAAACUCCAUGCUGCAGAAAGAGAAAUUAGGAAGUCAUCAACUGCUAGUUCAGUACUUCCAUGGAGAAAUAGAAUGGCAAUAGCCUACCAACUUGCUCAAGCUCUUGAAUAUUUACAUGAAAAAUGUCAACUCCAAAUUGUACACGGUGACAUCAAACCUUCAAAUAUUUUACUCGAUGAUCAACUGAAUUGCAAGCUUUGUGAUUUUGGGUUUGCAAAGAUGGGAUUUUCUUCUACAAUAAUGACCUCCAAUAACAGGAAACAAGUGAUGAUGGGUUCUCCGGGUUAUACCGAUCCACACUACCUUAGAACAGGAAUAGCAUCGAAAAAGAAUGAUGUGUACAGCUAUGGAGUCAUCAUUUUGGAACUUGUGACAGGAAUGGAGGCAUUUUGUGAGGAAAGAGGGCAAGGCCAGCUAUUGACAUCAAUAAUGGGGCCCAUUUUGAAGGACAUAAUUGCUAGUGGUGAUGAUAAUGAAUGCAAAGCGAUGAAGGUGGCAGAAAUGGUGGAUCCAAAAUUGGGAGGAGACUUUGAAGUCAAGGAAGUCAAGGCUAUGAUUUCCCUUGCAGCUCUUUGCCUUGGACAGUCUCCAAGUCUUAGGCCAUCUGCUACGCAAAUCUUGCACACUAUCAAGGAGAAUAUAGCUUCCAUUCCCUUCCUCUCUACGCAGCAAAAAGAUUUGCCAAAUUGA